GAAUGUGAGGCAUAAUUGUAAAGCGCUUUGAGCGUUUGAUGCAGAUGGAAAAGAGCUAUAUAAAUGUAGAUCAUUUUUACUAUUUAGCUGCAGUUUUCCGGGCCAGUCUUGAAGGAAUAAUGUCAACUAAGGAUUAUAUGACCAGGGCCAGGUGGAACGUUCGCCUCAGCAACCAGGAACUAAGGAAGAAGACACACAAGGUGAGUGAAAAUCACUUGUAACGCUGUCCUCAAAAACAGUCACAGUUCAAAACAGGCUUAACACAUCUUGCUUCAGGGGUCAGGAAAUAAAGUUCUUAAGAAAUAAAGUUCACUGUUCAGUAAUUGUUCAUAGUUUAUAAGUUGUACCCAAAGGUCAGAGGUCAAGUGCUGCAUGUGGUAACACAGUUCCAAUUAAGCAGGACUUGAUACAGCUGGGUUCUCAAUGGUUUGAUAGCAGAGUUCACAUGCAGUUCUUAGAGUUCUUGGCACAAUUCUUUAUCAUAAUACAGUUCGAAACAGGAACGAGUGAGACCGGGAUCUCACUGAGACGAGGGAAACUUAACUGGCGUGCAGCCGAGAUGCGCGCUACGCCGAAAGCUGAGGAAUUCCUAAAGUGGCAUAGCUGUGCAGGUUGUCAGAGCCACAGGAUCCAGGUCCGCUCGGGAGCUGUCCUGGAAUUGUCUGGAACACCAGGAAAAGACAGUUCGCUAUAAUACAGGAAUUAGAGGGGGAGGUCAGCGUUACCUGAGCAUAACCUGCGGGAAGCUUCGGUGUCUUGAGCGCACAGCUGGAAGACGCAGUCAAGGUCACGGUGUGGUGAUCAGGUUUGGUCCUCCUGGUAUCUGUCUGGAUCAUGGAACGAGGCUCUGAAAGCUGGUGAGGCAAAACGAGGAAAACAAGGCGACAAACAACAAACAAACUACAAGCAGUUCAUGAACAGAAAGUCAGGGUUUAAAUAGUCUAUCAAUAAUCAGUCACUCAUCUGAUCCAGGUGUGAAAACAAAACUGAGGGCGCCAUCUGGUGGAGAAAUAAACACUGACUGAUGAGGGGGAGGUUAUGUCCUAGUAAUCUGGUAAAACAACAGAGUAAAAACCAGAGUCCAGGAGAAAUCUUGACAGAACAACAAUAUGUAGUCCAGUGUUCACAAGUCAGAUGACCGCUCGCACGACCAGGAGGUGAAGAUCAAAGACUCCACCAAUAAAUUAAUAACUGUGUUGUGUCAGAACAGCCAUUGAAACUGGACAGUCUCCAGUUCUCAUUCAACUCUAGCAACAUUCUAGACUAGGUGAAGACCUCUGGUAUUACUCUGUGGCAAGCAAGGGAAUAAGAUGUUCCACUAGUCAAAUCCAUAAAAAAAAAAAAAAACAUGAAUCAAUGUCUCUGCAUCAGCCAUGGAUAGAAUAGGUCAAGUCUUUACUAUAUUCCACAGAUGGAAAAAUGUAUCCUUUGCAAUUUCUUUAGAGUUGAUUAGUCUCCUUCUUACACUGCUGACUCCAGACAGAUAUACUCUAGAGUACCGUCCUGUGUAUUGCUUUAUGAUUGAUUUAUAUUGAGUCGAACUGCCACUGUUGCCAGUUACUUUUUGUAAUGACCAAAAGAAGAAAGUCAUGGAUACAAGCUGCCGAAAUUAUAUUCCUCCAUCAUGUAUCUGGGCUUGCAUUCGGGCACAGGAUGAGAAGCCCAACUAUCCUGGAGGGACUUGGAGUGGAGUUGUUGGUUCUUUACUUUGAGCUGAGGUGAUUGGGGCAUCUGGUGAGGAUACCACCUGGUCAUCUCCGUAGGGAGGUCUUCCAGGCACAUUCAACUGGGAGGAGGCCCAGAGAAGAUGCAGGACACAUUGGAAGGAUUAUAUCUCCCAUCUGGCUUGGCAACACCUUGAGAUCCCCCAAACAGUGUUGGAGGACGUGGCUGAUAGGGAAGUGUGGUCAGUAUGUUUAUUAGGCAGAUAAGCAGUAGAAAAUGAAUGACUAUAUUAAGAAACAGAAACAAUCCCAGUUAAGCUAUACUACCCUAGACACGACUACACAAGCACAUAACUGGAGUUUUUUGUCUCAUGUACCCCUGAAGUGACCCCAGCUUGUGGGUUUUCUGGGCUCUCAGCAGGACUUUGCCUGUAGCCAAUCAGUCCCUGCAGUCACUAAACCUUUCCCAGACACAUUCCAAAAUAAUAAUAAUAAUAAUAUUAAUAAUAAAAACAGGAUCUUGUAGAGGUCUGCAUGUUCAUUUGCCACAAAAUAUAUAUCUGAUGCCCUUCCUAGUGAGACUGGGUUCAUUCAACCCGAGACCUUCUUGCUGUAUUCAAAACUGCUCCCACUGCACCAGUACCGGGGGAAAAAAGUACAUGUCCCCUUCAGGUUUGACAUAUUUUAUCAUUUCACUUUUCUUUAAAUGCAAUACUUUAAAAAUAAUGCUCCUUGUGUUGGGGGUGAAGGGGCCAAAUUUCAUCUCAUGCCCCAACUAAAUUCCAAAAUGUAUUUAGAACCGAGUGACAUGUCUUUGUGGCUUCUUUUGGGCUUCGAACAGCAGACCUUUUGCCCAUCAGACCUUGUUAUAUGUGCAGCAAGAUGAAAUCCAAACUGAAAAAUGUUCCUCCUGGGUUAACCAGUGGGGAUUCCCCAUCGGCUGACCCGAGAGCACAAUGGUACGAUUUGUGUCAUAUCCAAAUAUACUUUGAGUCUUGAUGAACACAUGUGGAUACCUUCAAGUCAUGUUGAAAUGAACCACCACAUUAACAUAAUGAGAUUUGAUCUUUACACCGAUUAGUGGUCUGAUACUGUUGAUUGUGUGAUCUCAUCAUUUGACUGAUCCUUGAACUUCAUGGCUGUGUGUAUUUACAACUUUACAGCACAGAAUUAUUGCGCGACUGAACUAAAUAAGGAACACACAUGCACACAGCUCCACACUGACAGUGCUGUAAAGUGCUUAUCAGAGUCCAGUGACCGUGUACAGAUAAGACUGAGGUACUUUAUGAUCAGGCUGACUUUGUUUUGUUGGUUUUGGUGAUGGCAGAAUGGAGCCUGAAGCGCCUCCUCAGGUGGAGGAGGAGGACAGGGGGAAGUCUUUGGAACGUUUGAGGAAGCUUCAGAUGUAGAGUGAUGCAUGGGGAGCCUUGAACCGGUGACCUUCUGUGUGGGAGACAUCAUGUGUACAGGACAGUGCUCCAAGAUCAUCGCCAUCUGCCUGUAUGUACUGGCUGUGUUGUCCAUCAUCUGCAACAUCAUGCUUUUCUUCCCCGACUUUGAAACGAAAUAUGCAGAAGAAGACAGAGCUGGAAACAACAACACACUCACACAGGAGGUGAAAUAUAUGGGAGGCUUCAUUGGAGGAGGGAUUAUGGUGCUUAUUCCUGCUAUCCACAUUCAUUUGACCAGUGCAGACAAAUGCUGUGCCAACCGCUGUGGGAUGUUCCUGUCCAUUGGCUUUGCAGCAGGCGGUGUGCUCGGGGCUGUGUACAGUCUGACUGUUGCUUCACUUGGCCUCUCGAAUGGGCCCACGUGCUGGACUGUUAACGGACAAUGGGAAGCACCCUUUGCAAACAGUAAUGGCAGCUACCUGUCAAACAAGGAACUAUGGGACUGGUGUUUACUUCCCAAAAAUGUGAUUGAGUUCAACAUGGGACUCUUCUCCACCCUGUUAGUGGCAGCACUUGUGGAGUUAACUCUCUGCGCCAUCCAAAUGAUCAAUGGGCUCUUUGGUUGUCUUUGUGGUACCUGCGGUGGCAAGGAGUAAGCCUGGCUAGAGUACACUGGAGUCACUGCAAGAAUGGGAGAAAUGACAGUGAUCAUCAACUUCAUCAUCAUCAUCACCACCACCAUCACCAUCAUGAUCAUAAUGUGCAGCACCAAGGGCUGUUGGGAUACGUUCAUCUGGAAUAAAAGAACCUAUUGAUCAGUAUUUUCUCCUUUUUAUUUGUUUUUCCUUAUAUGUCUAUAUUUUGUGGUACUUGCUUGCUGCACAUGAAGCAUUUGUAUCAUAAGGAUUUUUUUUAUUAAUUAAUGAAGUUCUGAAUGUGAAU